UAUUAAAUCCAGACGAAGAAGAAGAAGAGGAUGAGGAAAUAGUGUUCAGGGCAGGCUCGGUUGUACAAAUUGACAGGCUAAGUUUUUCUUUACAAUUUCGCUUCGUUGCUUAAUAACGUUACCAAAGCAGAGACAAAAAAAUACAUAUCGUAAAUAUGCUUUGGUUUGAUGGUUCAAUUCCAGAUGCCAUUAAUUUGGCUAAACAGCGCAAUUUUGUCUUUGUCGUUGUUAUUACAGGAGAAGAUGAACACUCAGCGCAGCUGAUGUCCAGCUGGGAAGACGACAGAGUCUCAGAGGCAGCACACAACUGCUGUGUGGCCAUCAAAGUUGAUGCCAAGAGUGAAAUAUGUGUGCAGUUCUCCCAGAUCUAUCCAGUGGUGUGCAUACCCUCCAGCUUCUUUAUUGGGGAGAAUGGAAUUCCUCUUGAGGUCAUUGCUGGCAGUGUGUCUGCUGAAGAACUGAUGAAAAGAAUCAGCAGAGUAAACCAGAUGCACACUCAGCAGAUUGGAUGUGGGGCAGUGUUGCCAGAGCAAAAUGCUUCUGUGGAGACCAGCCCACACAGCAGUGCAGCCUCAGCUCCAUCAGUGCCACUUAUUUCAGCAGCAGUAGCCACAGAUCCUGCAGCAGUACCAGGAACAGUGAAAGCACCCUCCUUGAGCACAGCAGAUGAUAGCAGCCUUUCAGCCACAGUGACUCAUGCAGAUAAUGCAUCUUCAGAUCAUGCCAUUGCGUGGUCUCAGAGUGAAGAAAAUCUGGAUGCCAAGGUGGAGAGGUUGACCAAGAAACUUGAGGAUAGACGAGAACAAAGGAAGAGGGGAGAGGAAGAGAACGAGAUCAAAAAGGAAAUGGAACGGCGGAAGGUGGGAAAGGACACGCAGGACUUUAAGAGGAAACAGGAAGAGGAGAAAACGAAGCGACUCCUGGAGGAAAGGAACAAAGAGAAGGCAGAGGAGAAGGCUGCUAGGGAGCGGGUCAAACAUCAGAUUGCAAUGGACCGAGCUGAAAGAGCAGCCCGCUAUGCCAAAACCCAGGAGGAGGAGAAGGCUGCCAAGGAGACCCUGGUACAAGCCAGACAGGCCAAGCAGGAGGCCAGGAAGGAGGCAUCAUUAAGGGAAAGGAGUACCAUAGCAAGGAUACAGUUCCGCCUCCCAGAUGGCUCAUCCUUCACCAACCAGUUCCCCUCACAGAGCAGACUGCAAGAGGCUUGGGAUUUUGCUGUUCAGGAAGUGGGAAACCGCUACAGUAACUUCUCCCUGGCAACUAUGUUCCCUCGGUGGGAGUUCACCAGCGAAGACCUGAGCAAGACUCUGCUGGAGUUGGGACUGGCUCCAAGUGCUUCCAUUGUACUCCUGCCACAGUCAGGCAGGCCUACCAGCACAGUGGUCCGGUCCUCUGGAGGUGGGUUCUGGGCCAUUCUGGGCACGCUCGUCUACCCUCUGCUGGCUGUUUGGAGGUUCCUGAACUCCUUCCUGUUUGCAGCCUCACCUCCUCCUGGAGCUGCACCCCAAGGCCCCGCCCAGCAGUCCAGCUUAUAUCCCAACUCAUCAUCGGCCUCGGAAGAGGCAAAAAGUGACAGUCUCUCCAAGCGCACUUUAGAGAGGCGGCCCAAGGACUUCAAGAAAGAGGGUAAAAUCUGCAGGUUGAGGACUCAGGAGGACAGUGAGGAUGACAACAACACGUGGAAUGGGAACUCCACCCAGCAGAUGUAGUGCAGUGACAGCAGCUUGUCCUUCCUUUUGCUCUCCUGCUGUGAAUUGGUACCAGCUGAAGAUUUCUGCUGCACUUAGAGCCGAUUUGCUUUUCUCUUUGUCUUAGUGUGUUCCAGGCCACGUCCUCCAUCUCACCUGCAUGGUGACAAUAAUAACAUUCAACAGAACCUCCUUUGGGCUUGAGCUGAAUGUUUUUUGUUGAUUAUAAUUGUCUUCAAACCCGGACUUGGAUUACAUCAUCUUGCCAGACUGUAAAAAGCUACACCAGCAUCCUCUUCUGGGGUUUUUGCUCAUUGUCAGAUGCAUCACAAUAAACAGAGUUAAUUGUUAUCAGAUAGUCUUAAACUACUCUGACACCAAAUGUUUUGAAAAGAGCAAAUGAACAGGAAAUCUGACCUGAAGGUGUAAUCUGAGUCUGGCUUCACAUCACAAUAUGGAGUGUCUGCGUUUUGGGGUUCGGGGGUGGGCUUCUUAUAGAACAGCAGAAUAGAGAUUUGUUUUAAACCUGUAUAAAGUAUUUCAUCAGUCAGCUUGCAGAUGCAGGGGACAGUACAUCUUGCACACUUUGGCUGUAUGUGUUUCUAAUAGUUGACAGUGGAUGAAUAGUCUAGUUCCCAUUAACAGUAAAAAUAAAGCGGCCUGUUUUUCA